AUGGGUGUUAUAGAAGGAGAAACAAUAUUAGUAAAGAGAAAAAAUAAAUUUUCUAAGAGUCACGUAAUCGAUGGGGCGCCGACGCUCGAGUACGACGAAAAGCGCGAUGAAAAGCCCUGGCAGCGGGUGAUGUACAAAGUCACUAGAAAAGGCACACAUUUACAUGAGCCCGUUAAAUCAAUACCAGCGGCAGUAUUAAUAGUGCUUUUAGGAGUAUAUCUGCUCCUGGCGUAUCUGACACAGCUGGUGGAAGAUGACAUGCCCCGGGUGAUUAAUGAAUUGGAUGUCGCCAAAGAUAACUCCGAGACUUUCAGUGAAGAAGCAGCAUGGCGUUACCUACACAUAAUACAAGGCACCGAGCCGCGCGUGUCCGGGACAAAGUAUCACCUGCAGAAGACAAAGGUCCUCAAGGAUCUUCUAGACUCCAUCGCUGAGCAGUCUAAUUUGCUUAUUAGAACUGAUUGGCAAGUGGUUUCAGGCGACUACUGGCUGACAUUAUCCAUACCAUACGUGAAUAUGUACCAGAAUGUAUCAAACAUUAUCGCUUUGUUAGAAGGCGAGAGUGGGCUUCAUCCCAAUGGUACCAUCGGGACUUCCUUACUAGUCAACUGCCAUUACGACUCUGUUCCUUUCGCACUAGGGACUUCGGACAAUGUCAUCUUUUGCGCAGCGAUGGUAGAAACUCUGAGUAAAUUAUCGCGGCGUUCGCAAAAACUCAGGCACAACGUCAUAUUUUUAUUCAACGGUGCUGAAGAAAUGGCUCUACAUGGUAGCCAUGCUUUUCUGCAACACGAAUGGGCUAAAGGUGUGACUAACGUGGUGAAUUUAGACUCUGCCGGUAUGAACGGAAAACCAAUUAUUUUUCAGGCGUCAGACACUCGACUGUUGAGCAUAUACAAGCGCGUAGUGAACCGUCCGAACGCCCAAAGCAUAGGAGAGUUCAUGUUUGCAAACGGCAUCAUUCCCUCCGACACAGAUUUUAGGAUUUGGAGGGAUUUUGGAAAUUUUCAUGGACUCGACAUCGCCUUCAUGAAGUGGGGCCACGUGUACCACACGCGCUACGAUCACCAUGACAUGUUGAAGACCGGCGUGAUCCAGAAUGCCGGCAACAUGCUACUGGCACUCGUGCCCGCGGUCGCGGGCGACGCGGAGCUAGAGACUAAAAUCGAGCCGUCUGCAGUCGUGUACUUCGAUUUCCUAAACUGGUUCCUGGUGUCGUACUCGUUCGGAGCGUCGGUGGCCGUGGACCUGCUGGUGGCAAUUUUUGGCGGCCUCAGUGUCGCCUACUACGUGUGGGUCGUCGGUCCAAGUAUUGCAACGGUUCAAGAACUUCUGUUUACGGUAUUAGGACGAUUACUCUCAAUGUUGGCCGGAAUGCUGGUCGUUACCAUUUUUGUGCCCAUCAUGGUCGCCACUACCGUUCAACUUAGGUACUUGGCGCAAGCUUGGUUGGUGGUCCCUAUCUACUGGCUGCCGUACGUCAUCACGGCCGUCUGCGUCGCACAGGUUUUUGACGCCUGGAGAACCAAGAAGUGUAGCUUCAACCGCUGUAUCCGUGCAAUGCAAGCCCAAGCAGCAACAAGAUUGAUUCUAGCUGUCAUACUAAUUAUUAUGACAUGCAUACCAAAUACUAUGACAGUGCGGUACUUUGUCACUGUGCCUUUGUUCAUCAUUUCGGUCAUGUCUCUGGCGUCUUUGACCGUCAUCAGAUACGUUAGACUGGAAGCAUGGCAGCACCUGCUGAUGGAGACGCUGUGGUCGCUGCCAUCUACGAUGUUCAUAUUGACGCUGGCGCUGCGUUUUUGCGCGAUGAUGCUGCCGGUCAUGGGGCGCAACGCAUCUGACACGCCCGACUACCUAGUUGCGAUCAUCAACACGGGCAUUGCCGUCAUCGUCCUGUACACUAUCUCGGGCAUCGAACUGCUAUUCUCACGCAAGCACCUGUGGAUUGUAGUGGCGCCCGUAGCCAUCGCCUGCAUAGUGCUCAUGUUCAUUCCUUUCAGUCCGUACCAGGACGAGGGGCCAUCCGUGCAAAGGCAUUACUGGUUUCACUCGGAAAUAAUAUCGUACAAUUACAACAACAUGGAAACAGAACGCGUAGCUGGUAUCGUUGUGACGAAGCACGACACGUACUCCACCUCGAGGGUGCUUCCCGCACUGAGUGAGAAAGGCAUUAAUUUGGAGUAUCGAUUGGACUUCCGCGAAGACUGUGAACGUUAUGUACAUUGCAAUUUGCCGCUCUUUGGCGUGUGGUUCGAGCCUCUAGUGGACAGCUUGUUCAUGUACACGGGUCCACCGGCGCCGUUCGAGCCCGAUAACACGAUCAGUCUCAGCAGCAGGAUUUGCAACGGAAAUGUCUGCACCUUCGACUUCAUUAUGAUCGGCCCAGACCACAACUCGUUAACGAUCUGGCCUCGCGAGAACGUCAACUUGACUUCAUGGACUUUCGACUCUCCGGUCAAGUCGUCAUACAUACAAAACGAUCGCCCUGUCUAUAUAAUAUACCAUUCAAUAGCUACUUACAGUGAAGUGUUUGCACCAAUGCAGUUUAGUGUUACAGUAUCACUUAAAUGGUUUGAUGGAUGA